GCUAAUGACGGUAAACUGGGUUAACACAAGGGUUCCUCUCCGCCGGGAGUAUUUUAAGAUUAAAGAGUCACAGGUGACAGAUAUUCCUGUACUAUACCAGGAAGCGCGUUUCACAGACUACAGAGCCACUGGCGUCCACAAGUAGAUAACUGGGUACACAGUUAAAUCUAUACAUUCUUAUGCGUCAUAACGAAAGGUACUAGUUAACGCUAGCUUGUGUCUUUUUUUAACAGUUGUCUCAGUUGGCUAGCGUUGUCGAGUUCAGUGGGGUGCCGGUAUGUCUUUUAGGAGGUCUCUCAAACUUGUGUGUGGGUUCGCCGGAGGUUCCGCUGUUCUGGUUGUAGCGGCUACUGCCGCCGAGUCGCACGGGUGUUUCGGUGACCAGCGAAACGGAUGGUGGAGCAGAUCCUCCGUCAUUCACGCAGCGCAGCCCUCAUGGAACCCGGCGAGUCACACGCCAGCGCCGACAGGACAAGCCUGGGACUUCAACUGGGAUAAGAGGGAUCCGGCCACAUUGUCGAAUGGGAAAAAGAAAGAGAGUGCAGCUGAGGACCCCAGUUCAGAGCAGGAGAAUGGCAAACCUAAAGCUACACGCAACAUUCUCCUCAUCAGACACUCCCAGUACAACUUAAGUGGGAACGGUGACAAGGAGAGGAUCCUCACACCUUUAGGUCGAGAGCAAGCAGACCUGACAGGCCAGCGACUGGCAGCCCUCGGACUGAAGUAUGACGUUCUGGUUCAUUCCUCAAUGGCCAGGGCCACUGAGACCGCACAUAUCAUUAGCAAGUACCUCCCAGGAGUGGAGCUGGUGAGCUGUGAUUUGCUGAGAGAGGGUGCACCUAUCGAGCCAGUCCCCCCCGUCACUCACUGGAAACCCGAUGCUGUGCAGUACCAUGAGGAUGGAGCUCGGAUCGAGGCCGCAUUCCGCCGCUACAUCCACCGCGCCGACCCCAAGCAGAAGGAAGACAGCUAUGAGAUCAUCGUCUGUCAUGCCAAUGUCAUCCGCUAUUUUGUCUGCAGAGCUUUACAGUUUCCACCAGAAGGCUGGCUACGUAUGGGUUUGAACAAUGGCAGCAUCACAUGGCUCACUAUCCGGCCUAGCGGCCGGGUAGCCCUCAGGACUCUGGGAGACUCGGGAUUCAUGCCCCCAGACAAACUAACACGAACCUAAUGCUCCCACUAUAAGGAUUUGCUCAGUUGGUCGGUCGCAGGGUCAAAGCUCAGUUUCUCCUUAAGUGUCUUUCAAGUAACUUUUAUUUUUCUAAUCUUAUCAACUACCAGCAUGCAACAAAAUUUGUCAUAAUCACUUCUCGGCCAGUUUGCCAACGACAGUGUAUAGGGAGUAAACUGCAGGGGGAGGCAGCUUUCUCUCUGAAGGAUCUGGCUUUAAGUUCCCGUUAGUGGGCAGAGGUGAUGUCAGCUGCUUACAGGCUCCUCCUGAAUGUAAGUGGGGAUUUCUACACAAAGGCGGCUGAAUGAUUUUUAUACCAAACAAGAUUUUCUGAAGUUGUUUAGCCAUUGUAAAUGGAAAUCAUGCUAAAUUUUUUCAUGUGUGAAUUAUGGUGCCCCUUAACUUGAGGAUUUCUACAUUUUAGUGUUGUAAUGUGUAGUAUUACGUAAUAAAAGUAAACUGUA